AUGAUACAACUAAUUCCUAUUGCAUUAGAUGUGUCCGCUUUUGCUGCCACCUCUUUUCGCCCCACUCUGAUCCCCAUCACCCAAAAUGGGUUGCCUGCUGAGAUCCAGCAUGGUUUCCAGAGUUCUCAGAGAGUGUUAGCUACCCCUGUGCGCUUGUGCUCCCUUCUGUAUGGCCACUUCAGUCAGGCUUCCUGGACCCAAGAAAACCUGUGUCUCCAGGGUAGCAUGAUCGAUCCUGAAUCUUUGCAGGAGGAUGCAUUAUCUUUAGUGCUCCUCAUGAUCCUCAAAUAUGAGAAACAUGAGGUGGUUACCAGGGCAGAAAUGAUGACCUGCAUCCUCAGAAGCCACUGUACUUAUUUUCCUGUCAUCUUUAGUAGAGCAGUUGAUUGUAUGCAGCUGGUAUUUGGCAUUGAUGUGAAGGAAGUGGAGCCCAACAGCCACUCCUACAUCCUUGUCAUUACCCUGGGGCUCACCUAUGAUGGCAUGCUUAGUGAUGUCCAAGGCAUGCCAAAGACUGGCCUCCUGAUAGUCAUCCUGGCCAUCAUAUUUAUGGAGGGCAACCACGCUCCUGAAUCUGCAGUCUGGGAUAUUCUUUGUAAAAUGGGUGUGUGUGUUCAGCAGAAGCAUGACAUCUAUGGAGAUCCCAGAAAGUUAAUAACAGUAGAUUUUGUGCAGGAGCAGUACCUAGAGUACCAGCAGGUGCCCAACAGUUUUCCUGCCCGCUUUGAGUUCCUGUGGGGCCCAAGAGCCCAUGCUGAAACAACCAAAGUUAAAGUCUUGGAGCACUGGGCUAAGUUUACUGGGUGUGAUCCCAGAUGCUUUCCAUUCUUAUAUGAAGAGGCUUUGAGAGAUGACCAGCAGAGCACCCACACAUGA